AUGUAUCGUAUAACUACUUUCAUUUCAAUUUCACAUUUCGUUUCUUUGUGUUUUGGAAACCUUAACUUUUCUAAAUAUGGAUUUUCAGGAUUCUUCAUUACAAUUUGGAUCACUGCUGGCUUGGUCAAGUCUAAUGACAUUCUUCGGAAGCAGACAGCUCUAAAGGGAGAGAGAAAGUUUUCUGUCCUUGUUGGUUAUUCAUUUGCCUUUAUACUUCAUGUAUCUGGAAUCUACUGGUGGUGUCGGGAUGAUGAAAUUUUCUAUCCUCUAUUUAUGGUUCCUCCGAAGGUUAUCCCACCGUUCUGGCAUGCAAUUUUUAUCAUCUUAGUAAAUGAUACAAUGGUUCGGCAGGCUGCAAUGGUCUUGAAGUUGGCUCUGCUGAUGUAUUAUAGGAACAGCAGGGCCCAUAAUUUUCGCAGACAGGGUCAAAUGUUGACUCUAGUUGAGUACACACUUCUUCUGUACCGGGCGUUGUUACCAACCCCUGUAUGGUAUAAAUUCUUCUUGAACAAAGAAAAUGGAAGUCUCUUCUCAUCAUUGAUCACAGGGUUGUAUUUGACUUUCAAGCUUACAUCUAUUGUUGAAAAGGUCCAAUCCUUCGUCGCUGCCUUAAAGGCAUUAUCGAGAAAGGUUCAUUAUGGGUCUUAUGCGACAUCAGAACAGGUGAAUGUGGCAGGAGAUCUGUGUGCUAUAUGCCAGGAGAAGAUGCAUGCCCCAAUCUUAUUGCGCUGUAAACAUAUCUUCUGUGAAGACUGUGUUUCAGAAUGGUUUGAAAUGGAAAGAACUUGCCCUUUGUGCAGGGCCCUUGUUAAACCUGCUGAUCUUCGAUCAUAUGGGGACGGGUCAACUGGUCUUCUCUGCCAGUUAUUCUAA